AUGGAGCCGAAACUUGGGUUCCAUGAGCUCCUGCACGUUUUCUCCUUCCUGGAGGCCCGAGACCUGCUCUGCGCCGCCCAGGUGGACAAGGUCUGGAAUGAGGUUUCAGGGACCAAGGAACUGUGGAGGCAGCUGUGUCUGAGACGCUGGUCAUCCUGUAAAACCUCCCAGAUGACCUUGGGCACACAAACAUGGAAAGAGUACUAUCUCUGCCGAUCCGAGCUGGAGUUCCGAAUGGAAUGUGGGCGGCCAGAGAAGGACUUCAUCUGCAAAGCCAUUGCCGGGCACACAGGAGAGAUAGACGAGCUGGCUUACAUCUCAACCAAGGAGUGCCGGUUUGAUGGGCAAGAGAAGUCCAUGGUGUGUACCGUGUCCUCGGACAGCACCGUCCGUGCCUGGGAUGUGCAGGAGGGCACAGAGAUCUGGUCAAGCCCUCUGCAGCCCGCUGCUCUGGUGAACGUGGUGACCUUCCCUCGGCUCCAGCUGGCCAUCACCGUGGAUGAGCGUGGCCUCAUCAAGGUUUGGGGAGCGGAGAACGGAUGGGAGCAGGCCUCCUUCCGCCUGCCUACAUUCUCGUCUGCAUUGCAGGCCUGCGAGCAUCCAGAGGGCCCUUUCCUGCUGGUGGCCUGUGCCGAGGGCUUCCUGUAUGCGCUCACGGUGCCCCAGCUGCAGCUGCGGUCCAGGACUCGCGUGUUCCCGAGCAGCCCCACCAGUCUCCUCUGCUCUCCUGACUGCCAGUGGGUGUUUGCUUCAACCCAGAACUCAGACCUGGGCCCGAAGGUGUUCCACACUCGCUCCCUGCUGUGUCUGGUGGAGGAUGAGCCUCCCGUCUCCGCCACUCUACCCAUCUGGCUGACCUCCAGAGCCUGCUGGGCCCCUGACGAGACAGCCAGGCUGAUGGUGACGCACAGAAAUGACAACGGCACGCAGCUGGUCAUCACCACCUACGAGCUCAGGACCAAGCAGUCACGGGAAGGAGUAGACGUUGUGGUACAACAGAUGGCAAGUUUCCUCCUGCCCAACUCCAUGAUACCUCCUCACCUCAUGAAGGGCCACGGCUCUCAAGUGAUCCUGCUGGUGUCCGGGUCGGAGCUGGCGCUCUUCACCAUCCACGGGGUGCAGCUGGCAGCCUUCCAGGACCACCAGAGGCCCAUCACGUCCAUGUGGGUGGACCAGAGCCGAGUCAUCACCGCUUCCUUUGACCUAUCCCUGCGAGUCUACGUGUGGAAUAAAGAAACGAAGCCUCCCGUCCUCAAGAGCUGCUAUCACCUGCUUGGGGGCUCCCACAGAUGGGCCAGGGGAUUCACCCAUGUGGAAGGCGACAGUAUGAGCAUUGUAGGUGUGGAAGCCAGAAACAUUGGGACGAGUGUUCUGAGGUCCUACUGCUUCCAAGUGCAGCGUGGCUCAGAUGACUGCAUCAGUUGA